AUGUUGCCGAGUCCAUUGCGAGGAUCGUCAAGCCCAUUGCAAGGAUCGUCGAAGACUUCUGAGCAAUUUAGGGUUUUGGCCGACCCUAACGGUGGCCAAAUCUCCCAUUUUUCAGCGAUAUUUGGUUAUGGAAAUGCUAGAUUUAGCCUCGCCGUGUUGAGACUGUCCGAGAGAGGUCGAUAUGAGGAGGUGGUAAUAGUGGAGGCUGUGGCGGUUUCACAUGGCUCUGGAUUAAGUUAUGGUUCAAGAAGUGGAUAUGGAUAUGGUAGCGACAGUGGUGGUAGCGGAGGCAGUGGAGGAGGGUCAGGCCACGGUGGCUCUGGCUCGAGAUAUGGAUCCAGAAGUGGAUAUGGAAAUGGUAGUGGUGGACGAAGGGGAGAAGGUGGCGGAAGUGGAGGCUCAGGGCACAAGAAAGCGGUUUUGGCUACGGCUCUAGUUACAUAA